GUUUUCUGCUAAACAAAAAUUACAUACAUUAAAGGACAAUGGAUAACAACAGCAGCAACAGCAGACCAGGCAAUACAAGUACUUUGGAGAAAUGGGGCUUCCCAUUGCAGGAGCUUUACCGUCUCGCGUUUACAUUCUACAAACAGAACUCGGGCAAGGCCAUACAUCUGUCCUACGAGGACAAUCUCAAGCUGAUCGCCUUCAAGCAACAGGCCGCGGUCGGACCGUUUAACGCCAACCAUGCGCCGGCUCUGGGCGUUCUGGACGUGAUCGGCCGCGACAGGCAGCAGCACUGGCAGCUGCUCGGCGACAUAACGCGCGAGCAGGCAAUGGAGGGCUUCAUCGAUCUGCUGGACACCAUGUGCAGUGCAUUUCGGCCGUACAUUGAGGCGGUGCGUCAGAAUCGCGAUGAGAACCUAAAGGCCGAGCUGCGUCGCAUGGAGCUGGAGAAGGAGGCGCGCCAGAAACGUGAACGCGAACAGCAGGAGCUGCUCGAGGAGGGCUACAAGGAGGAAUUGCAACGCCGUCAGCUGCAGGAUGCGCUCAACAAGCAGACAUAUCAGCAGUUUAAGCUGUACGCGGAAAAGCAGUUCCCCGGCAAUCCGGAGCAGCAGGCGGUGCUUAUACAUCAGCUGCAGCGGGAGCACUAUCAUCAGUAUAUGCAGCAGUUGCAUUUGCAGAGUCAUGGCCAGACGCACGCAGCGAAUCCCAAUCAGAAUCUGGAACAGCAGCAGACGCUCGACAAGGACAACGAUGUGCUGCUGCUAGCGGAGGCGGAACAGCAGGAACAGCAACAGCAGCAGAUGAACAACAACAAUAGCAACAGCUGUAGCCAUAAUACUGGCAGCGCCAAUCUGGCCCAGGCCAUGGAUGGACUGCAGCUAAACGAUAUCGAGAGUCAGUCGCAGACGGGCGAGCAGCCGGCACAGUCGGAGCAGCUGGCUGGCGAUGAGUAUGAUGAUUAUGUGAUGAUACGUCCGGCCAAGAUUUGGACGCGUCCCGAUAUCGAACAGUUCAAGACUGAAGUAUCCGCCGGCGAUGGCGAUGGUGUCAUUACCAUUGGACACGGCGAUACGGUAACGGUGCGCGUGCCCACGAAUAUGAACGGCAAGUGCAUCUUCUGGGAGUUUGCGACAGACAAUUACGACAUCGGUUUCGGCAUUUACUUUGAGUGGGCGAAGCCCGUUACCAACGAGGUGACGGUGCAUGUGAGCGACAGCGACGAGGAUGAGGAUUGCGUCGAUGAGGAUUAUCUAUCGACAACCGAGGAUUUGGAGUCCGGCUCCCUGUCGCAGGAUCGGCAUGCAUUGGCCGCACAAAAUGCGGCCGCCGCCGCCGCCACAAAGCCGCCCAUUUCCAUAAUUGUGCCAAUCUAUCGGCGCGAAUGCUACAACGAGGUCUACGUCGGCUCCCAUUCGUAUCCUGGCGAGGGCGUCUAUUUACUGAAAUUUGACAAUAGCUACAGCAUUUGGCGUUCGAAAACGCUUUAUUAUCGCGUCUAUUACGAGCGAUAAGGCCAAACUGGAUUACUUACAAGAGUGCAUAGACAUAUACAUAUACAUAUGUAUGUGUGUGUGUGUAUGUACAUGCAUAGUCCAAGAAACUAGACAUAUAUUCUAUGAAUUUCAGAAAUGCGUUGUGUGUGUGUGUGCGUGUGUGUGUGGUGUGGUGUGUUGUGUUGUGUUGUGGCUCGGCUCGGCUCGGCUCGUAUGCAGAAAUGUGCAUAUGCACAACAAUUUAGAAAACUUCACUUUUCCAUUUGCAA